AUAAGCUGAAGCACAGACACCACUUCCCCAAUCUACAGGAGCCAUUUUAACAGCAUAAAACUUGCCGGAUUGCUUUUUUAUUUUCAAGCCCAAAGGACAAUAUUUAAAGAUAAUGAGAAUAUUUGAAGGCAAAGAAGUUCUAGAGAAGAAAAUUGUCAGAAAAAUUGCCUCAGUUUGAAUAUAGUACCAGAAAAUUUGAAGAUCUUCCCUAAAGAAACCAAGAAAAUUUGAAGUACCUUCCCUAAAGAAAUCCUGGGUAUACAAUAACUUCACAGACUUAGCUGGGUUAUUUUGUUUUGUUUUUAACACAAAUUGCCACUGGAUUCUGCUGCCUGAUACUUGAACCUGUUUGGAAUUUUUCUCAUGUGGAUCUAAGAGGAAUGCUUUAUUAUGGCUGCUGUUGUCCAACAGAACGACCUAGUAUUUGAAUUUGCUAGUAACAUCAUGGAGGAUGAACAACAGCUUGGUGAUCCAGCUAUUUUUCCUGCUGUAAUAGUGGAACAUGUCCCUGGUGCUGAUAUUCUCAAUAGUUAUGCGGGCCUAGCCUGUGUGGAAGAACCCAAUGACAUGAUUACUGAGAGCUCCCUGGAUGUCGCUGAGGAAGAGAUCAUAGAUGAUGAUGAUGAAAACAUAACCCUUACAGUUGAAGCUUCCUGUCAUAAUGAAGAUGAAACAAUUGAAACUAUUGAGGCCGCUGAGGCACUCCUCAAUAUGGAUUCUCCUGGCUCUAUGCUAGAUGAAAAACGAAUGAAUAAUAAUAUUUUUAGUUCAUCUGAAGAUGACAUGGUUGUUACCCCAAUCACGCAUGUAUCCGUCACAUUAGAUGGGAUUCCUGAAGUGAUGGAAACUCAGCAGGUUCAAGAUGUACACUCACCGGGAGCCUCCUCACCAGAACAACCUAAGAGAAAGAAAGGAAGAAAAACUAAACCACCACGACCAGAUUCCCCAGCCACUACACCAAACAUAUCUGUGAAGAAGAAAAACAAAGAUGGGAAGGGAAACACAAUUUAUCUUUGGGAGUUUUUACUGGCACUCCUCCAGGACAAAGCUACUUGUCCUAAAUAUAUCAAAUGGACCCAGCGAGAAAAAGGCAUUUUUAAGUUGGUAGAUUCUAAAGCAGUAUCCAGGUUGUGGGGGAAGCACAAAAACAAACCUGAUAUGAAUUAUGAGACCAUGGGAAGAGCUCUCAGGUACUACUACCAAAGGGGUAUUCUGGCCAAAGUAGAAGGUCAGCGCUUGGUGUAUCAGUUUAAGGAAAUGCCAAAAGAUCUUAUUUAUAUAGAUGACGAGGAUCCAAGUUCCAGCAUAGAGUCUUCAGAUCCGUCACUGUCUGCAACAACCACUUCAAGCAGGAACCAAGGAGGCAGAUCAAGAGUAUCUUCAAGUCCAGGGAUAAAAGGGGGAGCCACUACAGUUCUAAAACCAGGGCAUUGUAAAGCUACAAAAAGCAAAGAUCCUGUGGAAGUCACCCAGCCAUCAGAAGUUUUGAGGACAGUGCAGGCUGCACAGUCUCCAUAUCCCACCCAGCUCCUCAGGACUGUGCAUGUAGUGCAGCCAGUACAUACUGUCCCAGAAGGAGAAGCAGCCCUCAUCAGCUGUGUGCAGGAUGAAACAUUAAAUUCUUCUGUUCAGAGUAUUAGGACUAUACAGGCUCCAGCCCAGGUUCCAGUGGUCGUGUCUCCUGGGAAUCAGCAUGUGCACACAGUAACACUCCAGACAGUGCCAAUCACAACAGUUAUAGCCAGCACAGAUCCAUCGUCAGGUGCUGGGUCUCAGAAGUUUAUUUUACAAGCCAUUCCACAAUCACAACCCAUGACAGUGCUGAAAGAAAAUGUCAUGUUACAGUCUCAGAAGUCAGGUUCUCCUCCUUCAAUUGUCUUGAGCCCUGCUCAUGUACAGCAGGUUCUCACUAGCAAUGUGCCGUCCAUUUGCAAUGGAACCGUCAGUGUUGCUUCAUCUUCAUCCUUCAGUGCUACUACGCCUGUGGUGACCUUUUCUCCUCGCAGUUCACAAUUGGUUGCCCACCCACCAGGCACUGUAAUCACUUCAGUUAUCAAAGCUCAAGAAACAAAAACUCUUACACAGGAUGUAGAGAAAAAGGAGGUUGAAGAUAAUUUGAAAGAAGACACUGAGAAAACUGAACAACAGCCACAGCCUUACGUGAUGGUGGUUUCCAAUUCCAGUGGAUUUACCUCUCAGGUAGCUAUAAAACAAAAUGAACUGCUGUAAUGCAACUCUUUUUAAUUGAAAGAGAUCAACCAAAAGAAUUAUGGAUGAUUGUUUUUUAAUUGAACAUUUCCAAUUGAAUGCAAACUAUCUGAUUCUAAGACAAUUUCUAAAGAUGUUCCUAAUUUUGUAGUUGUUAAAAAGAAUAGAGUUAAUUUUGACUUUGUUAGAUGAGAGAGGAAAACCAAACUGUUUUUCUUUGUUUGCCAAAUGUUUCAGAAUGCAACAGGCAUUUUAUACUAUGAAGACAUUCUUUUGAGAUUUUUUUCAGUUGUGCUAUAAGCAUUUUUAAAGUUCUUUUUAAAUUUUACAUUGUAUUAUCUUUUCUUAUUGUUUUGUAAAUACAGUACUUACAUAGAAGAUAACAGGAAAUUUAUAUAGGAACUAUUUUCAUUCCACUUGUGUUAAGUCUUUACUCUUUCAAAUGCUAGAUACCUAUUUUAUGCUUUGUUAAAAUUAUGGUUUCACUAGAUUGACUUUCCGUUGGUUGCAUUGUAUAUUGAACUAUGAAUAUGUAAAAUAUAACAUUAAAAAUUGCAGUGUGCCCAUGGUGUGGCUGAAACUUUUUCAGAAGCAGGAUGGUAUAAAAAGAACCUAAAAGUGGCUCUCCCACUGACUAGUUUUGUAACCUUGGGCAAGCUACUUGUUCUUUUUGGCUUUAUUUCUCUCAUGAAAGAAGGAAUGCAUUUGGAUUAGGGAAGAUGAUCUUCAGUUUUCUUUCUAGUUAUAAAUUUUAUGAUUCCAACUCUUGUAUUUUAAAAUUGUAUCAAUUAAAACAUUAUCAGCCAAUUACCUAAUGUAAGUAUAGCUAAAAUAUUGCAGAAAAAUAAGUGGCCAUACAAAAUUCAUUCUUCUAUUAUUUGUAACAUUGUUAUAAAACUGAAUUCUUCCUAAGUACUUUGUUUAUUAACUAGUCAGGCCCUUGUGCACUGUCGUCUAUUAGUAAACUUAGGUUGUUGAGUGCUAAAUGAUAAACUGCUGUUCUGAAAGACUCUUUCUCAAAGGCCCAGAAAGCAUUCAAGCCCUGGGCUACUGUUUGAGUAUAAAAGUUGCUAUAAAAGCAUAGUUGCUUUAUAUUUUGGAUCUUUUUUUAAUUGGGAGUGGGGGAGAUUGCAUACAAAGAUAAUAUACAUAUAUAUCCAAGUGUCUGAAAUAAUUUUAGAUGACUUUUUCAGCUGUAAAUAAUGUACAUUUAAUUUCACAAAAAAAUUGUUUUCUGCAAAUUUUCUAGUAUAAGAAAGAAAUUUUUGUAGAUGAAAAAAUAAUUUUGUUUAGAGAUCUAAUGUUAUAAGUUUUCAUAUUAAGUAGUGAAUUUGUAUUUAAACAAAAAUUUAAAUUUUGGAAUCCUCUAAACAUUUUUGUACCUUAAAUUGGUUUAUUAUUAAAUAAAUCAUGUAAAAAUUCUCAA